AUGACAACAGAACUGAUUCCACAUUUUUUGGAAGAUCCUACUUUUGUUUUUGAAAAUAGGCUUCCAACCAGAGCUUAUACUUAUGACCCCGAAAUCUUUCAGUCCUUGAAUGGCGAGUGGUCCUUCAAAUUGUUCGAGUCCCCCGUUUUAUCUCCUAACUUGAGAACGCUAAGACCUUCUGACUUUGAUGCUUGGAGUUCAAUUAAGGUUCCUUCUCAUUGGCAGUUGCAGAAUAAUGGAAAAUAUGGAUACCCUUACUACACAAAUGUACAGUUUCCUUUUCAAAUUGAUAUUCCAAAUCCUCCAACACUAAACCCAACCGGUGUCUACUCGAGACAGUUCUAUAUUUCCAACCCUAAAGAAUCUAAUUACAGAAUUAGAUUUGAGGGUGUUGAUAAUAGCUAUGAGGUUUAUAUGAAUCAGAAGUACGUUGGAUUCAACAAGGGUUCUCGUAAUGGAGCUGAAUUUGAUGUUCAGAGGUUUUUGGUUCAGGGCCAAAACUUAAUCUCCGUGAAAGUCUUCCAAUGGUCAGACUCUUCUUACAUGGAAGACCAGGAUCAAUGGUGGCUCUCGGGUAUUUUUAGGGAUGUUUCAUUGCUAACCUUACCCCGGGCUGCACAUAUUGAGAACUAUAAGGUGGAUCCAAGAUUUUUCGACUCCAAUUACAAGGAUGCCAGAUUGCUUCUAGAUCUAAAUAUUGUUGGUACCGACUAUGAAUUUAUAAAGUUUACUUUGUUUGACUUUGAAGAUCCUCACAAGAGUAUUGAUACUGAAGCAUUGUUAAACGACUUUGACAAGCCAACCACCCCAGCAAUUAAGUCUGUUGAAUUUGGCAAGGAAGAUGCACAGAGCACCUUAAAGAUUCCAAUUGGUUCACCAAAGCAUUGGACUGCAGAGGACCCUUACUUGUAUAAAUAUGCUUUGCAGUUGAUUGGAACAAAUGGAGCUCCAGUUCAUACAGUAAACAAUCACAUUGGAUUCAGACAGGUUGAACUAUUAGAUGGUAACAUUAAGGUUAAUGGCAGGACAAUCUUAUUUAGAGGUGUUAACAGGCACGAGCAUCACCCUAGAUGUGGUAGGGCAGUUCCUUUAGAGUUUGUCAUCAGGGACUUGGCACUCAUGAAAUCCCACAACAUUAAUGCUGUUCGUACAUCGCAUUACCCAAACCAUCCAAGAGUGUACAACUUUUUUGACAAGCUAGGUUUUUGGGUUAUCGAUGAGGCUGAUUUGGAAACUCAUGGUGUUCAAGAACCUUACAACAGAUACAAAGAUAUCAUCACAGAGAAUAGUGAUACCAAAAUUCUUCAUCAUGAUGUCAGUGUUCGUUAUGUGUCUAGCAAUCCAGACUACAAGAUAGCAUAUUUGGAUCGGGCCUCACAAUUAGUGUUACGUGAUAUAAACCAUCCAUCUGUGAUUAUUUGGUCACUUGGUAAUGAAUCUGGCUAUGGUACUAACCAUAAGUUGAUGUAUCAGUUAAUCAAAAAGCUGGAUUCUUCCAGACUUGUUCACUACGAGGGUGAUGUCAACGCUGAAACUACUGACAUGUACAGUUUCAUGUAUCCAUCUUUGAAUAAAAUGGAGAAAUGGAGAAAACAUCGUACUGACAGCAACGGAAAGUUUGAUAAGCCAUUAAUUUUGUGCGAAUAUAGCCAUGCUAUGGGUAAUGGACCGGGUAGUUUAAAGGAGUAUCAGGAUUUGUUCUACACUUAUAAAUUCUAUCAAGGAGGCUUCAUUUGGGAAUGGGCUAAUCAUGGCAUUGAAUUUCAAACAAUCAGUAAAAGUGACGGAAAGCUUCACAAAGCCUACGCAUAUGGUGGUGACUUUAAUGAAGAAAUUAAUGAUGGCGUUUUUAUUAUGGAUGGUUUGUUGAACUCUGAGCACAAUCCAACCCCAGGUGUGGUUGAGUUGAAAAAAGUAUUGGAGCCUGUUGUCAUUGAUGUGAGUUCCUCUAAAGUUAAAAUAACUAAUAGGUAUGACUUUUCUACCACUGAUCAUUUAAAGUUCUUGGAUGUCGACAAUGAUAAGUUUUUGGAAGUUCCAUCAUUAAAACCAAAUGAAACUGUCACAUUGGAGGUCACAACUAAAAAUGUCUCGGCAGUAUUGAACAGGGAUUAUGGUGUUCUGAAGGCUGGUUUUGAAGUUGCAUGGGGCCAAUCCGAGCCAGAGUUGCAGGCUAUAGAUACCUCUCCGAAGACUAUUGAGAAUGAAGUUGCUAUUGAAGAGACUACACGACUAGUGAGGGUCACUUCCAAAAGCGUUUUCCUUGAGUUCAACAAGCUUCUUGGAAAGAUCGAACAUUUAAAAAUUGGAAAUAGAACUAUGAGUACUAAAUAUGAUGGCUCUUCAAUUACAUUUUGGAGACCACCAACAAACAACGACAAUGCAAAGGAUGCUCCGAACUGGAAGAAGUUCAACAUGAACUUAGUCAAACAAAAUGUUCGUGAAGUCAUUGUAAAAAAGGGCACAGGCGAGUAUUUGGCGAAGGUGAUUGUCAAGUCUCGGGUUGGUCCGCCUGUUUUCUAUUACGGAUUUGAUGUCAUUCAAGAAUACAUUAUCUUCCCGAACAGGCUAACUUUACACACUACUUUGAAGUUAACUGGUGAUUACCAGCCAAAGGAUAUUCCUAGGAUUGGUUAUGAAUUCUGGCUAGGUGAUAAUUAUGAUUCUUAUGAGUGGUCUGGUCGUGGACCUGGCGAAUCUUAUCCAGACAAAAAGCUAUCACAAAGGUUUGGCACUUUCAACUCUAAUGAGGUGGAAGACUUUGUUUAUGACUAUCCUCAAGAGAACGGCAACCAUACCGACACUCACUAUUUGAAGAUCAAAUACAAAAAUGCAGACAAGCUGGUGAUUUCUGAGAAAAACAAAACUUUUAACUUCAAAGUCAGCGACGAAUACGGCGUUGAUGAAGCUGAUCAUCCAUGUGAUGUUAAACAUUAUGACCAGUACUAUGUUAGAUUGGAUCAUGCUAUUCAUGGUGUUGGUUCCGAGGCAUGUGGACCUCCUGUUCUUGACAAGUACAGACUCAAUAUUCAAAACUUUGAUUUCACAUUUGAUUUCGGCUUUGAUUAG